AUGAGCACCCACGCCGAAGAGCGCAGUGAUGAGGAGAAGGACCUGAGCCCAAGCCUUGCCGAAACGCUCUUGCCGCCCGAAGACUCUCCGACGUCUGCGGGCGAAGCCUCCGAGUCUCCAGAAGUCGCCGAGGCAUCUCCGCCCGCGGUCGAGGAAGUGGCCGCAUUGGAGGGGGAGGCUGUCAACAUAGACGACGAGGACGAGGAGAAAAAGAAGAAAAAAGACACUCCCGAGGGCCUCGUGUGGGUGGCCCUGGUCAACUCGAAGACCGUCGAGAAGUUCCGAUGUGUGAAGGCUCUCAUCCCAAAAGAGCUGUCCAUCACGGAAAUUCGGAGGGCCACCUGCGCCAAAGUUGGCUGCCCUUUCAAGGAGCUGCAGCUGCAGGUUUGGCUGGUCCUCUGA